UUAACACUAGAAAGGAUGAAGAAAUCUCUGGUCCCAAAAAUCAGUGAGGAGGGAGAGAGAGAGAGAGAGAGAGAGAGAAAUCCAUGAUGAAGGCACUACAUGCGCGCAGGAUGUCCGUGUCAGCUCAAAAACAUCAUCAUUCCUCGUCAGUCCACGACCUCCUCCAAAGUUACAGACGUUUGACUCUCCCUUCCCAAAACUUUCUUUCACUGAAGUGACCGAGGAGGAGGACGAGGACGUAGAGGUGAAGCAUGUCUGUUCAUUCAUUCCAUUUGGCGCUAACUCUCUGAGACGCGAAGAGAGAAGAGAAGAUGUCAUCGGACGAGGAGUCAGGAGGAGAAGAGUACCUUUUCAAGCUAGUGAUAAUCGGCGACUCUGCGGUUGGCAAAUCCAACCUGCUCUCCCGCUAUGCCCGCAACGAGUUCAACAUGCACUCCAAGGCCACCAUUGGCGUCGAGUUCCAGACCCAGGUCUUGGACAUCGACGGCAAGGAGGUCAAGGCCCAGAUUUGGGACACCGCCGGGCAGGAACGCUUCCGUGCCGUCACCUCCGCCUACUACCGUGGCGCUGUCGGCGCCCUCGUCGUCUACGACAUAAGCCGCCGCUCCACCUUCGAUAGCAUCGCCCGCUGGCUCGAUGAGCUCAAGACUCAUUCUGAAACAACCGUGGCGAGGAUGUUGGUGGGUAACAAAUGUGAUUUGGAGAAUAUCAGGGCUGUGAGCAUUGAGGAAGGCAAAACCCUAGCAGAAGAAGAAGGAUUGUUCUUCAUGGAGACAUCUGCCUUGGAUUCAACAAAUGUUAAGAAGGCUUUUGAGAUUGUUAUUCGAGAAAUAUACAACAAUGUCAGCAGGAAGGUCCUGAACUCAGAUAGUUACAAAGCCGAAUUGUCUGUCAACAGAGUAAGCCUUGUUAAUAAUGGGGCUGGCGGAUCAAAGCAAACUGCAAACUUGUUUUCUUGCUGUUCCAGGUGA